AUGUACACUUCUACCAAGGUUCUCGGCCUGGCUGCCGCUCUUGCUGCACCUGCUGCUGCUUUCUUCCGUAUGCCCUGCCCUGGACGUAUUGUCGCCGAGCGUGCCGACCCUAUUGUCUCCCCUGGACAAGUCUCCGGCCACGUUCACACCAUUUCUGGUGGUAAUGGCUUCAAGUUCGAGAUGGACUACGCCGAUGCUCGUUCUUCGGACUGCUCUUCUUGCCCAAUCAAGGCCGAUCUUUCGAACUACUGGACGCCUUCUCUUUACUUCCAGCACCAGAAUGGAUCCUUCGAGAACGUUCACCAGUCUGGUGAUGGUACUGGUGUCUAUGGCGGCAUGACUGUCUACUAUCUCCAGCGUGGCGGUCCCAACAACGACAAGCUCCAGGCUUUCCCCGAGGGCUUCCGUAUGCUUGCUGGUAACCCCUUCAAGCGCAACCACACCAACGACUUCGAGUCGGAGGCUGUCAGCUUCGUCUGCCUUGACUACAGCGGCGGUUCUAGCACCAGCGAUGGCCUUCCUACCAAGAACUGCCCCGACGGCCUCCGUGCUCAGGUCUUCUUCCCCUCUUGCUGGGAUGGUGUCAACCUUGACUCUGCUGACCACAAGUCCCACAUGUCGUACCCUGUCGGUGGUAGCUACGACAGCGGUAGCUGCCCUGAUACUCACCCCGUCCACCUGAUCUCCAUCUUCUACGAGGUCAACUACAACACUGGUGACUUCAGCAGCCAGUGGUAUGGUAGCGGCCAGCCUUUCGUCUUUGCUAUGGGUGACCCUACUGGAUACGGAUUCCACGGUGAUUUCAUCAACGGUUGGGACGUUCCUACUCUCCAGAGCGCCAUCGAGGAGUGCACCAACGACAGCGGUCUUCUCUCUGACUGCCCUGUCUUCACAAACAAGAUGUUCACUACCGAGGAGAGCCAAGCUUGUAUUAUCCCCCCUCAGAUUGACGAGCAGGUUACUGGCAUGCUCGAGACUCUUCCCGGAUGCAACCCCGUCCAGCAGGGCCCUGGCCUCGCCACUGUCCAGACCUGUGCCAACACCAACAGCAAGAUCGCCACCAUCGGUGCCUACCAGCAGUACUACAAGGAUGUCACCUCGUCUCUGAAGUGGCAGUACGUUGGCUGCGGUACCGAUAGCUUGAGCAGCCGUACCUUCAGCUCCGCUUCCACUAGCAGCAACUCCAUGACUGUCGAGUCGUGCAUUUCCUUCUGUUCCGGCAAGGGAUACAGCUACGCAGGUCUCGAAUACGCAUCCCAGUGCUACUGCGGCAACUCGCUUGCCUCCGACCGCGCACCUCAGGCCGGCAUUCUCGGCAACUGCUUCUCGCCUUGCACUGGUGACAGCACCGAGUACUGUGGUGGUGGCAGCGCUCUGUCCAUCUACCAGAGCUGCAACGGUCUCUCCAGCUGCACCAACAACGCUUACACUGGUCCCGCUGGUGCCGCUGUCUCUGUUGCUUCGUCUCUCGUUGCUUCUUCUUCUGCUACUUCGUCUUCCAAGAGCAGCAGCACUAGCCACAGCAGCAGCAUAAGCCACAGCAGCACCUCGACCUCUCCCACCAAGUCCGCAACCACCCUCGCCACAUCAAGCAAGAAGACAUCUUCUUCCCACAAGUCUUCGGCUACUUCGUCUGUCUCAUCAGCUCUCCAUCGCAAGGGCAAGGCUCCCGCCUCGGCAACCAAGAACGCACGCUACGCCGCUGCUGUCGCCUACAAAGAAGCCGCCGACGAGCAGGCCGCCGAAGUCAAAGCCAAGCUCGCCGCCGGCAAGGUUCGCCGCCACCUGGCUGAGUUGAAGGCUGGUCGUCACCACUAA